GCGGGGCUGAGGGGCCGGUGGCGGCAGCGGCGGAGCGGCGGCGGCGGGAAGGGCUGUCCCGGGGCUUGGCGGUGGGGUGGACGAUGCCGGUCCAUUCUCGGGAGAAGAAGGAGAACAACCACGAUGAGAUGGAGGUGGACUACGGGGAGAACGAGGGCAGCAGCUCGGAGGAAGAGGAGACCGAGAGCUCGUCCGUGUCCGAGGAGGGGGACAGCUCAGAAAUGGAUGAUGAGGACUGUGAAAGAAGAAGAAUGGAGUGUUUAGAUGAAAUGUCCAAUCUUGAAAAGCAAUUUACAGACCUUAAAGAUCAACUUUACAAAGAAAGAUUAAGCCAAGUGGAUGCAAAACUACAAGAGGUCAUAGCUGGAAAAGCACCUGAAUAUUUAGAACCAUUGGCAGCUUUACAAGAAAAUAUGCAAAUCCGAACCAAGGUGGCAGGUAUCUAUAGAGAGCUUUGUCUGGAAUCUGUGAAGAACAAGUACGAAUGUGAAAUUCAAGCCUCUCGACAGCAUUGUGAGAGUGAAAAGCUUCUGUUGUAUGAUACUGUACAAAGUGAACUAGAAGAGAAGAUUAGAAGACUUGAAGAGGACAGGCAUAGCAUUGACAUUACCUCAGAAUUAUGGAACGAUGAGUUACAGUCCAGGAAGAAAAGGAAGGAUCCAUUUAGUCCAGAUAAGAAGAAACCUGUUGUUGUAUCAGGCCCCUAUAUAGUUUAUAUGUUACAAGACCUUGAUAUACUUGAAGACUGGACAACAAUAAGGAAGGCAAUGGCUACGCUGGGGCCACACAGAGUAAAGCCAGAACCACCUGUCAAAUUAGAAAAGCAUCUACAUAGCGCUAGAUCUGAAGAAGGAAGACUCUAUUAUGAUGGAGAGUGGUAUGGACGUGGUCAGACGAUAUGCAUUGAUAAGAAAGAUGAAUGUCCUACAAGUGCCAUAAUUACAACAAUUAACCACGAUGAAGUUUGGUUUAAAAGACCGGAUGGAAGCAAGUCCAAGCUGUAUAUUUCUCAGCUACAGAAAGGAAAAUAUUCAAUAAAGCAUAAUCACAACUGACCGUUGCUAACGAGAUAUGAAACAAGUGGUAUUGCCAUGCUUGAUGUGCCAUGGGGUGAAAGAUGUAUUUAAUAGUGUUUUGUAUUCCUUAUAAAUUUACAGCAGUAUCUGAUGUGUAUUUGUAGUGCUAUAUGUGAACUUCAUAUGGAUGGCCUUCAGAAAUCUGAGGAUGUUAAGUCCUGUUGACAGACAUUUUACCUCCAAAUUGGGUCCAGUGCCUAAGAUAUGAAGUACGCUCAUCAAGUAUAAUGGCUCAGAACUUCUCAUAUUCGUAAAAUGAAAAAGAAAAAAAAAAAUUGUUGUUUUUUUUUUUUCCCAUUGGUGACCAGUUGGUGUGAUAAAAAUGAUAACCAUAAUUACCAGCAAUUCACUUCAUUUUCGGUGAACAUGUCAUGCUUCUCUUGUGGAUGUAAAUUUAGCCUGUUCAGCUGUUGCUUUUGAAUAGAUUGUAACAUGCAUAAGCAUUCUUUUAAAUGAAGUGGACUGAUUUAUUAAAAUUAUUGCCCUCAAAAGCUCUGCUAGUACUGACUGUGUUAUAUUUUGUAAGGUUUACUAUAUUGCUUGUAAUGAGACAAAGCUACGUUUUUUGAGGAGCACUUUUCAAGUUUAGGACCCUAUUCUAUAGCAAACAAAAUUAUUGGUGAUUUUUUUUUUCUUCUUCCCCAGAUUGCCAGCAAAAUUUAUGCAUAAAGUAGACAGUGUCGCUCCAACCUGUGUUCUGUGUAGUCCACAAAGAAAAACUGCGGGGGUGGUUAUGUAAAUACUGUUGCAUGCUCUGCUUGUUUGGUCCACAGUUGUAUGAAAUACUACGAAUCUUUUUUUCAAAAGGAAAGUAUUUCCCCAGAAAUCACGUGUCUGGGAAAAUUUACACUGACUUUUUCAUCAAACACUAUUUUCCAAAUUUUUGUACCCUACUUCAUCUUACUGUACACCAGAAUUAUUUCCUGCAGCUUAGAAAGCUGAAUUUCUCUUAACCCUUACUGUUUAAGCCACGGAGAAAAGUCCUAAAUCCUUGAUGUUACUGUGAUGUGCUUGGAACAUCUAGAAUGAUAGAUGGGAUUGCUGAAGAAUUAUUAAUGCGUUGGUUAUGUGCACUUUAAUCUCCAUUUAUGAUGGUUCUUCUUGGAGAAAGAAAGCAUCCAUUUGCUUUAAAUAAUCACAGCAAAUAAGUAUUUUUAUUGUAACAUAUAAAUGUUUUAUUCCUAUAUUGAUUGUCUCUUCUAGUGCAGGGUGGUAGUUACUUUCCAAAUGCCAAAUCAGUUUCUGCCGAGUGUUGCUUUUCUACAAUUGUAUGACAUUAUUAAGCAAAUGUACAUAAAGUAACAAUUGACAUGUUGGCUUUUAACAAUAUGAACUGUAUGUAUACAGUUGUUUGAUAAACAUUUUGUAAUAAAAUAUUCGUAUUUUUUAACUUAGUAUAUAAAUAAAUGAUCUGUGGUAGUGGA